CACGCGCUGCACGUGGAUUUCAUGCAAACAAAGACUGACAGACGACAGGUGUAAGCAAAACGUGAUACAGUUGCUUUCGGAGCGUUUAUGUCGCUACAUUCUGACAGGCCAAAUUUCUAGACUGAAAUAACUGAUGCUUUAUCAACUCUGAACGCAAAGAUGGCAAGGACGAAGCAAACUGCCCGAAAAUCAACAGGCGGGAAGGCUCCGCGAAAACAACUUGCAACCAAAGCCGCAAGAAAAAGUGCACCCGCCACAGGAGGGGUGAAAAAGCCCCAUCGGUACAGGCCAGGAACGGUGGCACUACGAGAAAUCCGACGCUAUCAGAAAUCUACCGAACUUCUAAUCCGAAAACUCCCCUUCCAACGACUCACGCGAGAAAUAGCUCAAGACUUCAAGACGGAUCUUCGGUUCCAGAGUUCGGCGGUUAUGGCCCUACAAGAGGCGGCAGAGGCCUACCUGGUCGGACUAUUUGAGGACACGAACCUGUGUGCAAUUCAUGCAAAGCGGGUCACCAUCAUGCCCAAAGACAUACAGCUGGCACGUCGUAUUCGCGGUGAACGGGCUUAAUCUCACAUUUUGUCAUCUGCUUUAGAGCUCUUCUGUGACAGAAACCGGUUCAAAAGCCGCGAGCUAUUCAUCUUUUUAGAAUAACUUGAGGCGUUCAAGUGGUUUCUUUCAGAGACCUUUGCUGGGAUCCAUUCGAGUUGGCUAAACAUUAAAAUUUGCUGAUUUUGA